UCAAAUUGACAGCUGUUGCGUGCUACGUCAUCACCCAACAGCUUUCCCACCGCGCCCCGCCGCGCACGAGCUAGCUUACCGCGUCUAGCCCGCAACCUGCAAACACACGACCGCAUCCGCUCCACAAUCACACAUCUCACUCGCAAUCGCACCGCUGCGUAAUCCCCAGGCCGUACCGCCAGCUCCUGUCGAACCCCAUCCUACCGAUCUUUGUGCCACGCAGCACACGAAGCCUUAACAAUGACUGGCGAAGCAUGGUUGUACCUGCUGGCGGUGUUGAUAAACGCCGUCAAUCUGUUCCUGCAGGUCUUCUUCACUAUUAUGUACAGCGAUCUGGAAUGUGACUACAUCAACCCCAUCGAUCUCUGCAACCGCCUCAACACCUACAUCAUCCCCGAGGCUGCUGUUCACGCUUUCCUGACCUUCCUGUUCCUUAUUAAUGGGUACUGGGUCGCGCUUAUACUCAACCUGCCCCUGCUGGCAUGGAAUGGAAAGAAGAUCUUCGAGAAGAAUCACUUGCUCGACGCAACAGAAAUCUUCAGAAAGCUGAACGUUCAUAAGAAGGAAUCGUUCAUCAAGCUUGGUUUCCACCUGCUGAUGUUCUUCUUCUACCUCUACAGCAUGAUCGUUGCUCUCAUCCGCGACGAGACCCACUAAACGCGAGGCCCAAUCCCGGCAAUACUGCUCUCCAGAAGGCGCCUUUCAUCAUGGAGGGCUGAACACCUGUAGGACGGUACGUGAGAGUUUGGUCAAGCUGGCAAUAAUUGUAGACACGAGCGGCCUACGUGAGAAGGAAGAGUGCAUCUGGGAGUGUUGGAGCAGAUGGGGGAUAGAAAUGAUGGAUACCA